AUGGCGUCGCUAACAAGGACGCCACCCAGGGCGUCGCUAAGGAGGACGCCGCCCACGGCGUCGCUAAGGAGGAUGCCGCCCACGGCGUCGCUAAGGAGGAUGCAGCCCACACCGUCGCUAAGCAGGACGCCGUCCACGGCGUCGCUAACGAGGUCGCCGCCCAGGGCGUCGCUAACGAGGUCGCCGCCCACGGCGUCGCUAACGAGGAUGCCGCCCACGGCGUCGCUAACGAGGAUGCCAUCCAGGGCGUCGUUAACGAGGACGCCCUCCACGGCGUCGCUCACGAGGAUGCCGCCCAGGCGAUCGCUAAGCCGGAUGCCGCCCACGGCAUCGCUAACGAGGUCGCCGCCCAGGGCAUCGCUAACGAGGUCGCCGUCCACGGCAUCGCUAUCGAGGACGCCGUCCAGGGCGUCGCUAACGAGGCCGCCGCCCAGGGCAUCGCUACCGAGGACGUCGCCAACCGCAUCGCUGAGGAUGCUGCCCAUGGCAUCACUAACGAGGAGGCCGCCCAGGCCAUCGCUAAGCAGGACGCCGCCCACGGCAUCACUAACGAUGAGUCCGCCCAGGGCGUCGCUAACGAGGUCGCCGCCCAGGGCGUCGCUAACGAGGAUGCCGUCCACGGCGUCGCUAACGAGGUCGCCGUCCACGGCGUCGCUAACGAGGACCCCGUCCAGGGCGUCGCUAACGAGGACGCCGCCCACGGCGUCGCUAACGAGGUCGCCGUCCAGGGCGUCGCUAACGAGGACGCCGUCCAGGGCGUCGCUAACGAGGACGCCGUACACAGCAUCGCUAACAAGGACUCCGUAUACGACAUCGCUAAUGAGGAUGCCGUAUAUGACAUCGCUAAUGACACCGUACAAGGCACGCUAACAAGGACGCUGUACAGGACAUCGCUAAUGAGGACACCAUACAAGGCAUCGGUAAUGAGGACGCUGUAUACGACAUCGCUAACGAGGACACCGUACAAGCCGUCGCUAACAAGGACACUGUACACAACAUCGCUAAUGAGGGCACCGUACAAGACAUCACCAAUGAGGGCGCUUUAUACGACAUUGCUAAUGAUACCGACAAGGCACGCUAACGCGGACGCUGUACACGACAUCGCUAAUGAGGACACCGUAUAAGACAUCGCUAGUAAGUAUCGCAAGAACAAAAAACCAAACACUGCAUAUUCUCACUCAUAGGUGGGAAUUGAACAAUGAGAUCACAUGGACACAGGAAGGGGAAUAUCACACUCUGGGGACUGUUGUGGGGUGGGGGGUGGGAGGGAUAGCAUCGGGAGAUAUACCUAAUGCUAGAUGACGAGUUAGUGCGUGCAGCACACCAGCAUGGCACAUGUAUACAUAUGUAACUAACCUGCACAAUGUGCACAUGUACCCUAAAACUUAAAGUAUAAUAAUAAAAAAAGACAUUGCUAGUGA